AUGAUGGAAUUCAAGGUUCAGCCUUUCGAGCCCAAGGUGCAUCACAUUGUCACCAUCGGUGAGCUCGGCGCACGAGGGGGGUUUUCUGAAAUCCCUCUGCUGCCUCCGCCGGCCAUCGAGGUGGUAUAUGUGUCAUACCUUGGCGGCUACAACCGCGUUGGCGUGGUGGCUCCUCGUCGAAAGACAAAAGGGGGUUCCAGGGCAUUUGAGUGCCUGGUCGUCCCAGUCAUGGUGCUUCUGGACCCAGCUGAUGUGCCACUUCAUCUAGCGAAGCUCGGGCAAAACAUGUCGAGGCAAAAAUCUGCGGGAACUGUGCAGUACACGGCCGAGCAGUUGAAGAUGAAACUCGACCUGACUUAG